GACACAUUCUAUUUAGGCGCUUUACAGCCCUCCUAUCGAUUCGCUCAGCCGCUCAAAUUUAUCCCGGUGUCCGCUCCCGUCUGUUCCUAAACCUCAACCACCAUCACCACUUACAACAUCAUGACUUCUGAAACGGAAAUUCGAUCUAGACCUCUUCAACGUCAAGCAGGUUUCAACGUUUCACAGAAUGGCAAUGAUAACAAUAUGAAAUCAAACACUUCACCUUCCCGGAUUCGAACAACGACAGGCGACACUGUCGUACGUGGCUCAUUCGAUGGGGAUGUAGAGAUGGGAGAAGAAAAGAGAGUUGUAUAUCCGGUACCUAUUCUACGAUCACAAGAUCUGCACAAAUCAAACAACGACGAGAAUGGUAAAGAUUCAGAUCGAUCACGCAACGACCUUCCCACGCCACCCGAUCAUGUAGGCUAUAACGCUAAAUCAGAAGAAGAGAGAAAGGCACAACUCGGAAGUGAUGUCAAACUACCAUCAUUACAUUCUACUCUCAUCAGUCCACGUAUCGCCACAAUCUCGUCAUCGCACGUCUCCAGUGGUCCGGCAUCGAUAUCCUCUGCGCAAUGGUCUCCUGGACAUAGUUCAGAUCCGCAUCUGUACUCAAUCUCAAGCCAGCCAUACAGCAACGCUAGUGUACGACCAUAUCUGAGCACAAGCUUCCAAACAUCAGCAGAACGAGGUCCAGGCAUAGUUCGUGGUCCACCGAACGCAUCAGGAUUACUGCCAAGACAUCCACAGAAUGAUGUAAUGGAUGAUGAUGACGAUGAUGUAUUUGGCAACACAGCACAAGGCUUAGGACUUCACAAUACCGGUGAACCAUCACCUCCUCAACUAAGACGAUCGAAUGAUAUGGACCGUGAAGAGGGAGAUGCUGCUGGUGUGUUUAGCUUCUCAAGUCCUUACUUUGGACCACGAUCGCUUGAAACGGCAGAUGUUCCUCCACUAUCUCCUCCUCCUCCUGGCAAUGAUUCAAGAGGUAGUGCUUAUGCGCAAAGGAUGAUGAGUCCAAGUUGGACAGCUGCUUCUCUUGGGAAGAUGUCACUUGGCGGUUCAAGUGCAGAAGGUGCUUCUUCAACUUCUAGAAGACCUCCAUAUGGAACAUCACCUCGAAAUACAAUGGCCAACGCACAUGCUGCUUAUAGUCGAUCUCUACCUUCAGGCGCUGCUGGUCUUCCGAUUGGUGGUCAAGCAAGACGAUCUUCGUUCCAGAAACGACCAGCUCCUGGCCCAGGCUUGCUUCAUCCACAUUCAUCCUAUUACAAAUCUACCGAUCGUGCCAGAUCUACAUCAAGAUCCAGACCCGAAAGGAGUACGAGAACGAUGGAAAAUGUUGAUGAUGAUGAAACAGAUGAAGAUGAACAAAUGGCAUCACGAGAGCAAGAUGAUGAUGCGACAGAAGAUGAAGCUGAACCGCAAAACCAUGCUCGAUACGAAAAGAGAUAUUCAAGACCUGAAGAGGCAGGGUAUAUCCAACAACCUCAUCGUCAUCCAAGCGGUCAGCCGACAACAAUGUCCGCAUCAUAUGAACGUGCGCAAAGCGGACUCAGCCGUCAAUACAGCUCUGACAGGUAUGCCCACCUAGGCAUGAGCCGUCAUCAUCCAUAUGCUGCCAGUCCCAGUGGUGCAUCACCAAGUAACGGCAGUAUAUUGGCAUCUUAUUCGCCCAACAAUGCAAGAGUUCCGAUCGGCAGAAGACGUAGCAGUUUCGGUCAAGGAGCCAUGCUUAGCGGAUCGCCUUCGAAUGGAAUGAUGCAUGCUCUUUCUCAUUCACCUCGUUAUAUUCAAAGUAUACCAACGCGCGAUCGACCACCGAUCGGAAGUUAUACAAGUGCUUCUGGUGGUGACUAUUCGCAUUAUGCUGGUUCGUUGCCUCAACAUGCACAACACUCUAAUUUGUCGGGAUAUGGAGAGUCACCUGAUGCUAAUUCAUCAUACAAUGCUUCCCGACGAAGAUAUGAAGUGUAUGGUGAUGAAGAAGAAGAGGAGGAAGACGAAGAGGAGAGUAGACCAGAUCAUCGUCGAUCGAUUGGAAAUAAUGGAAAGUCAACACAUCGCAGUACUUCAGCAAACAGAGCAGUGGCUUCUGCUGGAGCUGGAGGUGAUGUGGACAGUCCAGAGAUGCUUGAAGUGAAUGCGAUUAGGGAACGAUUAGGAGGAGCGGCAAAUUGUUCGGCGUUUAUUUCAAAGCUAUGGUAUUUGAUGUGCAGGCCAGAAUUAUACUCAAAGUACAUUCAUUGGUCAGAAUCGGGUGAUUCGGUAAUUUUGUCGAAUGAUCCGGAUAUCAAUAACGAAUUCGCAUCGGAAGUUUUGCCAAAGUUAUUCAAACAUGGAAAUAAUGCCUCUUUUGUUCGACAAUUAAACUUGUAUGGGUUCCAACGUGUUCCUUCUUCCCGUUUAUUGGACGCUGCUGAAAUAAAGGCAGCAAGACGAUAUGCGAAUGGAAAUACGAUUUCAACCGCUUUGCAAUUGUACGGACCUCAUUCAAGCUUUGCCCAUCCUAGGUUUAAGAAAGAUCAGGAAUCCAUGUUGCCAAGCAUGAAGCCAAGGAGCAGUAAAAAGACAAAGAAGGGCGGUAAUCAGGGUGAUCUUAGUGGCGGAAGAGGUGAUUCGGAUGUUGGAGAAGAUGAAUUUGCUUUGUGAACGAGCGAGCACACCGCUGUCAAGGAAAUAUUUUUUGGAAUUAUUAUAUGUUUUUAUUGCCCACUUUUUUCUAUGAACACGUAUCGGAAUCUGUUCUCUCUUUAUCAUUCGGUGCUGCUGC